CCGGCUCAGCGUGCGGACGUGCCUGCAGCCUUGUUACUUCUCCAGCGGCGGCAGUUCUCACUACAGCGCCAGGACGAGUCCGGUUCGCGUGCGACCGCGGAGAUCUCUCUCAUCUCGCUCGGCUGCGGGAAAUCGGGCUGAAACGACUGAGUCCGCGAUGGGGAGAGAAAAGGAACAGUUCCGUAAACUCUUUAUUGGUGGCUUGAGCUUUGAAACCACAGAAGAAAGUUUGAGGAACUACUAUGAGAAAUGGGGGAAACUUACAGACUGUGUGGUAAUGAGAGAUCCUGCAAGCAAACGAUCAAGAGGAUUUGGUUUUGUAACUUUUUCAUCCAUGGCUGAGGUUGAUGCCGCCAUGGCUGCAAGACCUCAUUCAAUUGAUGGAAGAGUGGUUGAGCCAAAACGUGCUGUUGCAAGAGAGGAAUCGGGAAAGCCAGGGGCUCAUGUAACCGUGAAGAAGCUGUUUGUUGGUGGGAUUAAAGAAGAUACUGAGGAACAUCAUCUUAGAGAUUACUUUGAAGAAUAUGGAAAAAUUGAUGCCAUUGAGAUCAUUACUGAUAGGCAGUCUGGAAAGAAGAGAGGCUUUGGAUUUGUUACUUUUGAUGACCAUGAUCCCGUGGAUAAGAUUGUGUUGCAGAAAUACCAUACCAUCAAUGGUCAUAAAGCAGAAGUGAGAAAGGCUUUGUCUAGGCAAGAAAUGCAGGAAGUUCAAAGUUCUAGAAGUGGAAGAGGAGGCAACUUUGGUUUUGGAGACUCUCGAGGUGGUGGUGGAAAUUUUGGACCAGGACCAGGAAGUAACUUUAGAGGAGGAUCUGAUGGCUAUGGAAGUGGUCGUGGAUUUGGGGAUGGCUAUAAUGGGUACGGAGGUGGACCUGGAGGUGGCAAUUUUGGAGGUAGCCCUGGUUAUGGAGGAGGAAGAGGGGGAUAUGGUGGUGAAGGACCUGGAUAUGGCAACCAGGGUGGGGGCUAUGGAGGUGGUUAUGACAACUAUGGAGGAGGAAAUUACAGAAGUGGAAAUUACAGUGAUUUUGGAAAUUAUAACCAGCAACCAUCUAACUAUGGUCCAAUGAGGAGUGGAAAUUUUGGUGGUAGCAGGAACGUGGGAGGACCAUAUGGUGGAGGAAACUAUGGUCCUGGAGGAAGUGGAGGAAGUGGCGGCUAUGGAGGGAGAAGCCGAUAUUGAGCUUCUUCCUAUUUGCCAGGGGCUUCACUGUAUAAAUAGGAGAGGAUGAGAGCCCAGAGGUAACAGAACAGCUUCAGGUUAUCCAAUAACAAUGUUAAGGAAACUCUUAUCUCAGUCAUGCAUAAGUAUGCAGUGAUAUGGCAGAAGACAUCAGAGCAGAUGCAGAGAGCCAUUUUGUGAAUGGAUUGGAUUAUUUAAUAACAUUACCUUACUGUGGAGGAAGGAUUGUAAAAAAAAAAAUGCCUUUGAGACAGUUUCUUAGCUUUCUAAUUGUUGUUUAUUUCUAGUGGUCUUUGUAAGAGUGAGGAAGCAUUCCUUCUUUGAUAAUGUUAAAUUUGUAAGUUUCAGGUGACAUGUGAAACCUUUUUAAGAUUUUUCUCAAAGUUUUGAAAAGCUAUUAGCCAGGAUCAUGGUGUAAUAAGACAUAACGUUUUUCCUUUAAAAAAAUUUAAGUGCGUGUGUAGAGUUAAGAAGCUGUUGUACAUUUAUGAUUUAAUAAAAUAAUUCUAAAGGAAAAAAA